UCCUGUCCCACUGGAGGGGGGUUGGGCCCUCUUAGGAGGUCCCCCCACCACCCGGGUGGAGUCCCAGUCCCACCGCCUGCCACUCUGCUCCAACUCGUGCCAUGAGCCAUUCAUUUGGUCGUCCACCCGCGACCGAGCAGCCGGAGACUUCGCGCGGUGAAGCCUCGGUCACGCAGAGAGAGCUGCAAAUCUUCUUGGAAGGCCAUUUAGAUAGCGUGGUGGCCUCUUUAUCUGCCCAGUUGAGCUCCCUUACAGAGCAGUACGCCCAGGAUGUCAGGAAGACCAUUCAGGACCAUCAAAGUCGAUUGGUCGAGAACAACUUCCACAGCUUGGCGGCGUUGCACUUUCAGCCCGAUGGGAGUUUGAAGGAGCUCAUGGAGGUGUCUGAGCGGCGUUUGCGCUAUCCGAGUCAGGACUCGCGUCCGUCGGGACCUGGUUGCUUGCAAAAGUCUUUCGACUUGCAAGGGCAGUCCAAGCCAGAUGCCCAAGGGGACGACAUCGUUCCACCAUUGCCUGCAGUCCUGGAAGAGAAGGACCGUGAUGAACCGGAGGGCUUGCGAUUCAGCCACGAAUCCAGCCACGAGAAAGUCGAGCGGAUCCAGGAAGCGGCACCCGUGACGCCCGGGAAAGUGAAACUGAGACUGUCCAUGGAAUCCAGCAUCUCCAACAUGUCGCAGGACCAAGGCACGAUCACCCCGAUGUCUCCGAUGGAAUCGGACGCGGGGGGUGUCGAGGUGGCCCGGCAACCCACGGAGAGCAAGUCUCCCUUCGCACGGCGUCUGGCAGCUGGGCGGAAGUCCGUGAGGCAACAUGAGUCGGGGGAACUCACACCGAAAGUGAGCAAGGAUUCGCGGAUCGGCGACGAUCGCUUCAAGAAGGUGAUUGGCGUCAUUGAAAGCUCAUAUUCGGACUUUGUGAUGGGCAUUUUGAUCCUUCUGAAUGCUCUCGUCAUGACCCUUGAGUUGGAAUGCAUCGGCAACCGGUCUGGAUUGGCAGUGGAUCAGCCGAUGACGUGGGAUUGCGGCGACACCCAACUCUUCCUGAUCUCGGAACACAUCUUCACCUGGAUCUUCGCCGGCGAGCUGGCGUUGCGCGUCUAUGCGCAGAGGUGUGCCUACUUCAAGGAUUUGAUGAACAUAGCAGACACCGUCUUGGUGAUUUUGCCCAUGCUCGACCUCUAUGUCUUCAAGCCGCUGGCGGGCUUUUCCCCCAACAUCGACAUCUUACGUCUGCUGCGCCUGGGAAAGCUCGUGCGGGCCGUUCGGCUGAUGAGAACUCUCCGGCUCUUCCAAGGCUUGCGACUCUUGGUCCAGGCGUGCUCCUCCUUCUUGCCUUCUUUGAUGUGGUCCAUGGCGCUCCUGGGCGUCUGCAUGAUGAUGGGAAGCCUUGUCAUGGGGAACUUGCUGCAGGAGUUCAUCAAAGAUCCCAAUGAGGACGAGGAAUGGCGUCUAUGGGUGUGGACUUACUACGGAACUGCUUACAGAGCGAUGUACACCAUGUAUGAGCUGACCUUCGCGGGCAACUGGCCCACCAGAGCUCGUCCAGUUCUAGAGAAUGUGGAUCACUCAUAUGCACUCUUCUAUGUGGUCUAUGUGACGUUCAUCGUGUUUGCAGUGAUCCGCGUCAUCACCGCGGUGUUCCUGCGCGAGACCUUAGAGGCCGCGAACAACGACGCGGAGCUCAUCGUGCAGGAGCGGCUGAGGCAGAAGGCCAAGUAUGUGAAGAAGCUCGAAGGUAUCUUUGUGGCGAUGGACGAGAGUGGGGACGGGAUGCUCACAGAGGAGGAGAUGACCGAAUUGCUCAUGGACCAUCGCGUGCAGGCCUAUCUCUCAAGCAUGGAUCUCGACCUCUCGGAAGGCGAAGCCUUGUUCAGAUUACUGCAGAAUGGUGAAGGCAUGGUGACCUACGAGGACUUCAUCGAUGGCGUGAUGCGCUGCAAAGGCCCCGCCAAGGCCAUCGACCAGAUUUGUUUGCAGUGUGACCUGAAUAACUUGACCGAUUCCGUGAAGUACUUGACCGCGGCACUGGAGCAAAACCGGAUCAUCCAGAAGCGCCACGAACGCAAGCGCCGGAAGCGGCCCCACUUGACAGAGGACUUUGUGCUCAUGGGGGCAGGGGUGAGGCAUAGCAGGGUGAGUUCACCCUUUGAUCGGGUGUGACGAAGCUCUGGUGGUUACGGGCCCGGAUGCCAGAUGCAGAGAUGCAUGGUUGUGCCUGUCAAGACUGACACGUGCCAACGAAGCUUUGGGGUGGAAGUGUAGGUGCAGCCUGCUGCUGUUGGGCGGUGUUC